AGCGAUGACGUAUAAUUUGAUACCUUGCACUGUUUCAACGUAAUGUUAACCAUGGCGCACAUCACAGUUUCCGUCACAAAUUUCACAUCACACUCACAACAAUGACUUUCUCUUUACUCUUCUUAAUACCGAUGAUAAAUCCCUAAGGCCAAGUAGAACAAACAAAUCAAUGAAUAUAUAUAGUUUUGUCCAAAAUAAUGUUAUUAUUAUAUUCUCACGCUAUUUCAUGACUCCAUCCAUUGAUAUUAAUAAAAAUACAGUGGUAGUAGUAGCAGUAGUACACAGUUAGUUACACACUCUCAAUACCUUGCUCACAUGGACAUGGAUUCCACUGGUGAUGGUUCCUCUUGUUGGCUCUAUGAUUAUGGCUAUGAUAUCUCUCUUGCUGCUGCUGAUUUUAUGACUUCUUCUAAUUAUCACUCUUCCGCUGCUGCUGAUUUCAUGGCUUCUUCGAAUCAUCACUCUUCUGCUGCUGCUGCUUUCAACUGGAUGCCCCAGUCUCAGUCUCAGACUCACAUCAUCAACCCUCCUUCCUCCAAUAUCAGCUUGGAAAUGGAAUACUCACUAGAUUCUACUGUUUUCGAAAAUGGCCCUUGGAAGCCUUCAAAGCGAUUGGAAAUGGAAUACUCGUUAGAUUCAACUUUACUCGAAAAUGGCCGUUCAAAGCGGUUAAGGACAGAAUCAUAUGCUUCUGGUUCCAAAGCAGGUCGUGAGAAAGUGAGAAGGGAUAAACUCAACGAUAAGUUUCUGGAAUUGAGUUCUGUCUUAGAGCCUGAUACACUCCCCAAAACAGACAAGGUCACUUUAUUAAACGAUGCGGUUCGAAUGGUGACUCAAUUAAGAAACGAAACACAGAGGCUCAAGGGAAGGAACGAUGAAUUACGCGAAAAAGUUAAAGAGCUUAAGGCUGAGAAGAACGAGCUUCGUGACGAGAAGAAUAAGCUGAAGCUAGACAAAGAAAAGCUGGAGCAACAAGUGAAAUUAACAGGUGUGCAGUCAAGCUUCCUCUCUAAUGCCAUGGCUGCUAAAGCGCAAACUGUUGGCCACAAGCUGAUGCCUUUCAUUGGUUAUCCUGGAAUUUCAAUGUGGCAGUUUAUGUCACCUGCUACAAUUGAUACAUCACAGGAUCAUCUCCUUCGACCACCCGUUGCUUAAAGUGGUUAGCAACAGCAUCCACUCCGUUAUUGUAGAUAAAUGUUAUUCGAACAUCAAGUUGAUACACGAAAUCAUUGAAUUUAUGUGUAUCAAAUUGUUGUUGGAAUAACAUUACUGUUAUCGUAUGCGUGCUUUGCUUGUAUUAUGUUUUUGCCCAAGUUAUGCUCUUUGUUUCUGUUUGUUUUUUAAAUUCACAGACUAAAAGUUUGCUUGGAUUUGGUUGAUUUGAUAUCAUAAAUUUGUGCUGCAACAAUACAAUCUCAAACUAAUAUAAGAAAAUGGUUUAUGUGA